AUGAAUCUAGAGGGAGUAGGCGACGAAGUGAGAUGCCGUGCCUUCCCGGUGACCUUAGCAGGACCAGCGAUCAAAUGGUUUAACGGCCUCCCUCAAGGUUCUAUCUACAAUUUCUCAGACAUCAGCCGCGCAUUCCUGGCUCAAUUCACAACGCGAAUAGCAAAGGCCAAGCAUCCUAUCAACCUUCUCGGGGUAACCCAAAGACAGGGAGAGCCGACCAGGAGGUACUUAGAUCGGUUCAACGACGAAUGCUUGGAAAUCGACGGCUUAACCGAUUCGGUGGCCAGUCUCUGCCUGACGAACGGCCUCCUUAACGAGAACUUCCGAAAGCACCUUACAACGAAAUCGGUUUGGACGAUGCAUGAAAUCCAAACAGUGGCCAAAGAAUACAUAAACGAUGAAGAAGUCAGCCGAGUCGUGGCUGCCAAUAAGCGGCAGUCUGGUUACGGCCAGGCUCGUCAGUUCGGUGGCGACGGGGAGAGGGCGAAAGAAAAGGCCAGGGAGGAGGCGCCAAACAAAGCACCUAGACCGUUCCCUCGAGUGGGGAAAUUUACUAACUACACUCCACUCACCCUCCCCAUCAUGGAAGUCUACCAACAAAUUGCGGAGAAAGGAAUUCUCCCGAAGCCCCGACCACUCAAGGACCGCACAGGCGGAAACAAGAACCUUUAUUGUGAUUACCAUAAGGGAUAUGGCCACCAAACGCAGGACUGUUUCGACUUGAAGGAUGCAUUAGAGCAAGCGAUAAGGGAAGGAAAGCUGGCAGCGUUCUCCCAUCUCAUCAGGGAGCCGAGAAGGCGUUAUCGCGACCAGGACGAGGAAGGCAAGACACGCCCGGUCAAGCGGCGACAAGAGUCUGAAGACAGAGACCACGGCCUCACGGUGAUAAACGUGGUAACGGCAAAGAACACUGCACCAAAAUCUCGGUCGGCACACAAGAAAGACGCCAAGGUUCUGGCGAUCUCAUCUUCACCAGUGCAGAGUACCAAAAAACCCCCGUCCAUUUCUUUCGGCCCAGAAGAUCAAUGGUUCAGCGACGCCCCGGAAAACCCUCCCAUGGUCAUCACGGCCAGAGUAGGAAACGGCCUCGUCAAACGGAUCCUUGUCGACACUGGGGCCGACUCAAACAUCAUGUUCCGAAACGUGUUCGACGCACUGGGGCUGAAGGAUGCCGACCUGACGACCCACCAGCACGGGGUUAUCGGGUUAGGCGACCACUUCAUCAAACCAGACGGAGUUAUUUCCCUACCGAUCUCGGUAGGACAGAUGCAAGGCCGAAGUUAUGAAGUUCGUCACGAUGAUGGAUCCAUAGGGACCAUAAGAGGAGACCUCGAGACGGUGGUCGCCUGCGACAACGCCAGCCUUUCCCUCAGAAAGAAGUCCAAGGAAGCAUCCGGCGUAUUCCUAGCCGGCCUCGAUGCCAGAGUAGAGGACAACCCGAGGCCGGAACCAGAAGGGGACCUGGAGAAAUUUAGCAUCGGUGACGAAGGGGAAAGAUUCACAUUCGUUAACAAGAACCUCCCGCAUGAGUUGAAGGAGCCUUUGAUUGAAAUGAUAAGGGCCAACAAGGACCUGUUCGCAUGGACGCCAGCCGACAUGCCGGGCAUUGAUCCACAAAUCAUUUCACACCACCUAGCCGUCAAGCCGGAAGCACGCCCAGUGGCUCAACGAAGAAGAAAGAUGUCGGCGGAGAGAGAGAGGAGGUAG